AUGGCGGCUCAAGCUAAAACUCGGCGAUAUGAGAAUGGGACAGGAGAAACGGAUAGAAUCAGCCACCUGCCCCCAUUCUUAAUAGACGAAGUCCUAGAACGCUUGUGGAUUCAUGAUGCUGCGAGGACAAGCAUCCUCUCCAAAACGUGGAGGCAUAUAUGGGAAAUGCACCCAAAUCUACAUUUGAAUUACAAAUUUAUCACCCAAUUGGUUACUCAGAAGUUUGCUGAGAUGGAUGAGCAAACUCAAAUGAAAGAAAUUUCGAAAACCAUCAGUAACAUUUUUUUAUCUCACAGUGGCCCCAUUUUAAGUUUCUUUCUUUACAUUCCUAGAGAUCUGCCAUUUCAUGAAAGUUCAGAUCUCAUUCUUUGGAUCAAAAACAUAUCAAACAAGGGUGUUGAAACUCUGACGCUUAGGAAUGAAUCACCAGUUGACUGCAAAAUUCCCUCUUAUUUCUUUUCUUGUGUGCAGUUAACUGAUUUGGGCCUCGAGGGCUGCGUAUUAAACCCUCCUCUUGGGUUUACCGGAUUUAGUAAGCUAAUAAGGGUAGACCUUAAGGAUGUGACAUUCAGUGGUAACAUGUCUUUCGGCACUCAAGUCCAAGAUUUACGACUGCAUAAUUGUAGAGGCAUUGAACAUUUGGGACGACAGUUCAAACCUGAUAACAAUCUCACUGCAUUGUACUUCUUGAACUCUGAUGUAAUUGAUUGGCGAUGGUUCGAAUGCACCUAUAAGUUGCAAUAUCUUAGGAUUGUGAUGAGUAAAAUGCCCAGUUCUACCGAGAAAGUGAUUAAUUUGGACAAGCUACUUGGCAAUAUGCCUAGACUCGACACUCUUUGGCUUGAAGGCUUCGUAUACAGGGAACAAAGUGGUAAUGCUGAGAUGUUACUUGAUCCAUCGGUGUUUUCAGACCACAUGAUUCUAGACCAACUUGAAACUCUUAAAGUGAUAAACAUGGUUGCUUCUCCCAAUGAGUUUCAGUUGAUAAGACUUUUGCUUGCAUCUUCCCCUUCGCUUAAAUCGUUCGACUUCAACACCGAAUACAUAAUUCAUGAUCCUGCAGAAGAGUUAAUGAUUACACAAGAGGUGCGGCAGAUCCCUAGAGCUUCUAGAGAUGUAGUGAUCGAGUGGAUUUUUUAG